AUGGCCGCGCUGGCACUUCCUCGGGUACUCCCGGCCCCGUACCCCGCAUCCCACUGGCAGUGGGGUGGAGGAUGGCAGCUGAACUUUGCCCGGCGAGGUGCGGCUCCCGAGGGCUUCCGCGAGAGCGGCGGCACCUCGGCUGGGUCUAUCCGCUGCCGGGCGCCUGGAUGGGGAGCGGGAUCCCGCCCGGACCCUGUGGAGCGUCCUCACCACCCGCAUGUCACCAGGGAUGUGCUUUGGUGCCGAGACCCCGCGUCACAUAGCGGCCGUCGGCCCGGCGGCGUGGAGCAGCGCGUAGCAGAGCUGUGCACCGGCGAUGUCCCCGAGGUGGAGAUAGUCACCCUGCUGGGCGAGCAGCUGCCCCGCUACACUCUGCGUGCCGACACCGUCUUUGGCUACGAUCAUGAGGACUGGCUGCGUGCCCCCCCCGCCCCGCAGCCCACAGCCCCCCUGACUCCGCAGCAGAUCGAGGAGACCCUGUGGUACUUUCUCCUGUGCACUGAGCGUGCCGUGCGGAUCACCAAGACGUACCACGACAUUGAUGCUGUCACCAACCUGCUGGAUGAGAAAGAGAGAGACCUGGAGCUGGCGGCGCGCAUUGGGCAGUCCCUGCUGAAGCAGAACCGCAGCCUGACGGAGCGCAAUGAGCUGCUGGAGGAGCAGCUGGAGCUGGCCAAGGAGGAGAUUGCACAGCUGCGCCAUGAGGUCUCCAUGAGGGAUGAUCUGCUCCAUUUCUACACCACCAACACGGAGGAGAGCGAGCCCACCUCUGCCCCCAUCACACCGCUGCGCCGGAAUGAGUCCUCACUGUCCCUGCAGCAGUUCUUCCAGUAUGAUGCUCUGCAGCAGAAGCUCCGGAUCCUGGAGGAGGAGAACCAGAAGCUUCGCCUGGAGGCCACCACCAUUGUGACAGAGACAAGCCGGUACGAGGACCAGGAGCAGCAGCUGAUGAUUGACUGCGUGGAGCAGUUCUCUGCAGCCAGCCAGCAGGUUGCCUGUCUGUCAGAAGAGCUGGCCCGCAAGGCUGAGGACACGGCGAGGCAGCAGGAGGAGAUCAGUCAGCUCCUGGCACAGGUGGUGGAGCUGCAGCAGAAGUGCAGAACGUACGGCACGGAGGUGGAGGAGCUCCAGCAGCACCUGGCCGCGGCCAAGGAGGUGCAGCAGCAUCUCCGGACGGAGCUGCGGGACCUGCAGGACAAAUACGUGGAGUGCGGCGGGAUGCUGCAGGAGGCCCAGGAGGAGGUGAAGAGCCUUCGCAGCCGCAGUCUGCCUAACAGCACCGUCAGCCGCUACGGCGCCGGCAGCAGCCUCCUGCCCCUGGAAUCGUUGGCUGCUGAGAUCAAGGGGACGAUGAGGAAGGGGACGGAGUCCUCCUCAGACUACAGGAGCUGUCUGCGUGUUUUCGAGACGGUGAAGGCAGUGAACCACGCGGCCAAAGCCCGGUCGAGCUCUGCAUCCCCCCAGAACACACCCGGCUCCAAGCAGACAUCGGCUGCUCCCUCCGGGGGGAGCAGCACUCCUCACCCCAGUCCAGAGGGUCCCCAGACGGCGGGCCCGCGGGCAGCUCCCGGCCGCCAGGAUCUGGAGGCGGCGGUGCAGCGGCUCUCGGCGCAGCAGCGGCGCCACUCGGAGGAGCGCUCCUUCUUCGAUGCGGAGCGGGAGCGCAAGCUGUGGCGGCUGCGGGAUGAGGACGGCUCCAGCGGGAUCCCGACGCCCGACGGCAGCGUUGUGUCCGCCGGCACCACUUGCUCGGGGGGCUCUGAGCACACCGCUGCCUCUGGCUUCUCGCUGGGCUCGCUCAGCUUCCUGCCUGACAAGCUGCAGAUCGUGAAGCCGCUGGAAGGCUCAGUGACGCUCCACCACUGGCAGCAGCUGGCGCAGCCCAACCUGGGGGGGAUCCUGGUGCCGCGUCCUGGGGUGCUCACUAAGGACUUCAGGCCGCUGGACACCGACCUGGAGGAGGUGUACAGCCUCACCGACCUGGAGGAGGAUGAGGUGGAGGCUGCCUCCUUCCAGCUGCUGCCCACCUCCACGCCUGCCAAAGCCAUGGAGCGCCCCGGGGUGCUCCUCUCUGCUAACAACCUCCCCCAGACCCCAUCCACCUUCACCAUCACCACCUGCCACAUCCUCCACCCCACCACUGAGCUCACCACGGUGAUCCCCAGUCUGCAUCACUCGGUCGUGCCUUCUUGUGGGCCCUUUGAGGGGCUGAACCGCAGCCCCCAGUCUUUGCGGCCGUCCUGCCCGGCGCCGGCACACCGCCCCGCAUCCCCUCUGGGUCUCGUCCGCCUCGUGCUGCUGCGCGGCAUCAAUGCUGUGCUGCUCCCGGCCCCCACCAGGAGGGCCUCCCCGCUCUCCCACCAGCCCUGCGCGGCGGAGGAGGGGCAGCGGGGACCCGCAUCGCGGAGCAGCAUCUUCAGCGGGAACCUCGUGCAGAAGCUGCUGCGCCUGGGGCUGCACCGGGUGGUGGCCCGUGGGGAGCGGUGCUACGCGGACGGGGAGCGCCGGGAGCAGCGCGAUGCGCCCACGUGA